CGAAAAUCGGCCACAGCCUAUGCGGGUUAGCCAUGCAGCAUCAUCAGGUUUUUGUGACAUUGGCGGAUGUCAAAUGAGCCUUCAGAAGGCUGGAGUUCCCAUGAUGCACAAUCACCGGACCAUGCAGCGCUCCAUGCAGAUGAGUGUAGGCAGUCAACAGGCUAUGGGCAACGCGCAUCACCAGACCAGUGGAUCCUUUGGAAGGGAAGAUGACGAAAAGUCCUUGGUUUCCAGCAUCUGGUCUCAUAGUGUGACAGUGGAAGCCACCCGCCAGGACUUGAUCUUCGCCUAUUACAACUUGAACCGACAGCGGAGAAUUUGGAGCGGCCGGUGUUCUUUUCUGCUGGUCCUGGCAACGUUGCUGGCUGUGGGAUGCG